GGAUCCCUCGGCAGAUUUCCAAUGCUUUUUUCCCAUAUGAAUUUCGUUUUCUGCAGAUAUCUCCAUUUAAAUUAUGACUAGUAGUAACUAUGGCAAGCCCUUAAUUGUAUUGACUAGUAAUAUCUUAGUUUCAGAUAUCAAAAAAGAUUAUUUAGAUAUCUUCAAUAACAAGGAAUUAAAGAUAUAUUUAGGCUAAUUGGAAUUAUGACUUGUCAGAACUAAAGUGAAUAUAUCUCGAAUCUACGAGUUACGACUUGUCAUAGUUUAAAUAGCGAUAUCUGGAAUUCACGUUUUAGAUAGUCAAAACUGAACUGUAGAUAUUUGUAAUGUGAAUCCAGUCAGGCUAUUAGGCCUAAAUGUUGAAAGGGCAAGCUUGCCAUAGGCCGUGGAAAAAGCGCCGUUUUGAGAAGGCAAACAAGUUUCCCUUCUGUUUCUUAUACAGUUAUUCUUUAAAGAUUCUAGUUUUCUGUUUGGAACCUCCUACUGAAAACUGGAAUCUUCCAAUACGGCGUUGUGACGCUUAUUGCAGAAAAAUCAUAGAGCCGAUAACCGGUUCAGUUACACAGGACUUCUGUGACGUAAUACGAGAAUGCGCUCGAAGAAUAUAAAGCCGUCAUUUUGAUUACUGUCCAUUCUUAAUAAAUCACGGCCAACGUGUCGCUAGUUUGAUUUUCUUUACAGCUUACACUUUGGACAGUGUCUUGCACUUGUGUCGAGAUCGAAUCCUAAGUGGUGCUGAACCCCGUUGGUGCACUGGCCAAGAUGGCUCAAAAUAAAACGAAAACGUUUUCGCGAGGCAAACUUGGGGAAGGGCUUGGUGGGUACCGUUCCACCCCAUUCAACCUCAGGGACACAUCCAUGCCGGAGUAUAACAGUCUGCAUGACCCACACCUGUGCAACUAUUACCAGCGCAAAAGUAUGCAGAAAUUACUGAGGGAGAGGAACCUCAUUACAGAACAAAAUGAGGUCAUCUGCUCCAUGCAGGAUGUUAAAAUACACAACACGCUCCUGCAACAGCAACUGGUCCUCUCUCAAAGAAGCUUUGGUGAGACUCAGAAAGCCAAAAUGAUGGCCUUCCUGAAAGACCAGGAAAAAGGUUUAGCCAGCAAGGACAUGACCCUUACAGAAUUCAGAGAGGUUAUGCUGGAAGAGGAGCUAAAGAUCAUGCGCAAACUGAUGAGAUCGGAAGUGGCUCGGGAAAGAAAGUAUUGCAAGGGCCCAAGACCAAUCAGAACUGAGGAAGAGGAGAGUAGACGAGAACUGGAACUGAUGAGCUGGAAAGUUGCGGAAAGGGAGGUACUGCGGAGGAUUGAAUGUGAUGCCAGACAUGAGUAUAACUUAAAGAAGAUUCACAGAGAGACCCAGGAGAGGAGGGAAAGACAGAAGGUGGUGGCAAAUGAGCGAAAGAAUGCCUUCCACCAGAAACAAAGAAUAGAAAAGCUGAAGACAUCAGAGGCAUCUGUGGCUCGGGAGCUGGCCAAUUUAAGACGCACUGCCCACUAGAGCAGCAGCCAGAAGGUUUUCCCCCUUCGCAGUGCAUGGUCAGUAUGUUCGACAGUGUUGAAGCUACGGACCGAUGAUGUGGUGCCAAACCAACAUUGAGGCCAGGGCCUGGCCUUUUUCCCCAGUGAGGAGGGUGUCUAAUCAACUGCCUGGCUCUGAAUAAUUAAUAUUGAAGUUUGUGCUUAUGAAAUUGGAUAUUUGGAGGUAUCGAAAAGUUUCUACUUUAGAUAGAUUAAACCGAUUUGUGAUUUCAUUGAAAGUUAACACCUUAUUAUCAUCAAUUAUAUCUUUUAUAUGUUGUAUUCCCUUCUCUUCCCAUGUUGUCCAUUUAAUUGUUUUGUCCUGUAAGGUUAUCCAUUUGUUAUUCCAUAAUUUUGUGCUUUUUGGCAUUGUAAUCACUUCUCCCAAUAUAUUCUUCAUUUUUUUCCACAUUUUAAUUGUAUUAUUUAUUAUAAAAUUAUUGGAGCUUCUGAUGUGUUUUUUUUAAAAUAGUUGCAUAAAUAAAUUAUUCGAUUUUACUGACUCACUUUCAGUCUGUAUCCAUGA